CACGGGAGACGGAGGGAAGCUACAACGUCCGAAGUAUAACAUAAGCAACGAAACGUCGAUCUGGAGCAUUUUUCCUGAUACAUGUACUAACUAUUUGAACCAUUUACACAAUUGAACCCCUCUACAUUCACAACAUGACGUCGUUGGCACUAACAGUUAAACGCUAGGUAUGAUAACGUUUAACGUUAGUUAACUGCUUACUGGCGAAGCUAACGCUGUAUGCUAACGUUACCGGGACACACCAAGGCGGAGUGCUGGAAAAGGUUAGCUCACUUCGGCUGUCCGGUUUGCGAUCAACGCGGGCUCAGACUCCUUCUGGGUGAAGUAGUUAACGUUAACUUGCAGUUGCAACUCAUGUCGGAUUGGUAGAGGUGUGUUACGUUACUGAUACCGCCAUGUUCAUCUAUCUCAGCAAGAAGAUUGCUAUUCCCAACAAUAUCCAUCUGAAAUGUGUCUCCUGGAACAAAGAUCAAGGCUUCAUUGCUUGCGGGGGAGACGAUGGUCUCCUCAAGGUGCUCAAGCUUGAAACUCAGACAGAUGAUGCCAAACUUAAAGGUCUCGCUGCACCCAGUAACCUGUCAAUGAACCAGACUCUAGAGGGACACAGUGGGGCAGUACAAGUGGUCACGUGGAAUGAACAAUAUGAAAAGCUGACAACUAGUGACCAGAAUGGACUCAUUAUUGUAUGGAUGCUCUACAAAGGUGCGUGGUAUGAGGAGAUGAUCAACAACAGGAACAAGUCCGUGGUGAGGAGCAUGAGUUGGAACGCUGACGGUCAGAAGAUCUGCAUUGUGUAUGAAGAUGGAGCGGUCAUUGUUGGAUCUGUAGAUGGAAACCGGAUUUGGGGGAAGGAGCUAAAGGGAAAUCAGCUGGCGCAUGUGGCGUGGUCGCCAGAAAGCAAGAUCCUCCUCUUCGGCAUGGCUAACGGAGAAGUGCACAUCUAUGACAAUCAAGGAAACUUCAUAAUGAAAAUGACCAUCAGCUGUCUCGCCAAUGUGAAUGGAGCUAUCAGUAUCGCAGGCAUCCACUGGUAUGCAGGAAGUGGGGGUUACGUCGAACCAGACUGUCCAUGUCUUGCCAUCUGUUUCGACAAUGGCCGAUGCCAGGUCAUGCGCUACGAGAAUGAUGAAAACCCAGUGUGUAUCGACACUCUGAUGAAUGUGGUCAGUAUCCAGUGGAAUCAUUGUGGCAGUGCUCUGGCGGUAGCAGGUUCCCUCAGAGCCUCGAAUCUGGAGAAAGAGGUCAAUGUGGUGCAGUUCUACACCCCGUUUGGAGAGCAUCUGAGAACUCUUAAAGUGCCUGGAAAGCAGAUGACAGGAGUCGGCUGGGAGGGAGGAGGGCUGCGUAUUGGCCUCGCCGUGGACUCCUACAUCUACUUUGCUAACAUAAGACCAGACUACAAGUGGGGCUACUGCUGCAGCACGGUUGUGUAUGCAUACACAAAACCAGAGCGACAAGAGUACUGCGUGGUAUUCUGGGACACCAAAAACAACGAGAAGUUUGUCAAAUAUGUCAAAAGCUUGAUGUCCAUCACCACCUCAGGGGACUUCUGCAUCCUAGCCAGCAAAGCAGAUGACACUCAGCCUCAGGAGGAUGCUGAGUCAGAGUCUGGCAGUCAUGCGAGGUAUGUCCUGAUCCUGUGCAACUCCAUCGGGACUCCCCUGGACUCAAAAUACAUUGAGAUUGAUCCACUGUUUGUCACCAUGACCAAGACACACGUGAUCGCCGCCUCCAAAGAGGCAUUCUACUUGUGGCAGUACAGAGUGGCAAAGAAAUUAACAGCUCUGGAGAUCAACCAAGUGACCAGAACUAAGAAGGAAGGAAGAGAGAGGGUCUAUCACAUUGACAGCAAUCCAUCCGCCGUCAGCGACAGCACACCAGAUUAUGCAAAGGCCUUCACAGCAACCCGAGAUCCCAUUUGUUGUAUUACAGCAACAGACAAAACCCUGAUAGUGGGCCGGGAGUCUGGUACCAUCCAUAGAUACAGCCUCCCAAAUGUUGUUCUCAUCCAGAAACACACUUUGAACAACAGAGCCUUCUACCUGUCCUUGAACUGCAACUCCAGCCGCCUGGCCAUAAUCGACAUUGCAGGCGUGCUGACGCUGUUGGACAUGGAGGUCCAAGCCACCGGAGACUACAGCUCAGGAAACCAGGCGUCUGCAGGAGAUCCAUCCAAGUUUGAGCGCAAGGAUGUCUGGGACAUGAAGUGGGCGCAUGACAAUCCGGACCUCUUCGCCAUGAUGGAGAAGACCAGGAUGUAUGUGUUUAGGAACCUCGACCCAGAGGAACCUAUCCAAACGUCUGGCUACAUUUGCAACUUUGAAGAUCUGGAAAUAAAAUCUGUUCUGCUGGAUGAAAUAAUGAAGGAUCCAGAGAGGCCGAACAAAGACAACCUCAUCAACUUUGAGAUCCGCUCCUUGAGAGACAGUCGUGCGCUGAUUGAAAAAGUGGGGAUUGAGGAUGCCUCGCAGUUUAUUGAAGACAAUCCUCACCCAAGACUCUGGCGCCUCCUGGCUGAGGCGGCCCUCCAGAAACUGGAUCUGAAGACGGCCGAACAGGCCUUCGUCCGCUGCAAAGACUACCAGGGCAUCGAGUUUGUCAAGCGGCUGGGCAACCUGCAGAGCGAGCCCAUGAAGCAGGCGGAGGUGGCAGCUUACUUCAGCAGGUUCGAGGAAGCUGAGCGGAUGUACCUGGAUAUGGACCGCAGGGACCUUGCCAUCAGCCUCCGGAUCAAGCUGGGAGACUGGUUCAGGGUGCUCCAGCUGCUCAAAACUGGCUCAGGGGACUGUGAUGACACUCUGCUGGAACAGGCUUACAAUGGAAUCGGAGACUACUUUGCUGACAGACAGAAGUGGUUCAACGCCGUGCAGUACUACGUUCAGGGGCGGGACCAGAAGAGGCUGGCGGAGUGCUACUACAUGUUGGAGGACUAUCACGGCCUCGAAAAGCUCACCGCCGUGCUUCCAGAGAAUCAUCAGCUUCUACCGGAUAUUGGACAAAUGUUUGCCAACGUGGGCAUGUGUGAACAAGCCGUGGCGGCCUACUUGAAGUGCAACCAGCCCAAAGCUGCCGUCGACACCUGCGUCCAUCUGAACCAGUGGAACAAAGCAGUGGAACUCGCCAGGAGCCACAACAUGAAGGAGAUCAAGUCUCUUCUUUCCAAAUAUGCGUCGCAUCUCCUUGAGAAGAAUAAGACCUUGGAGGCAGUGGAGCUGUAUCGGAAAGCCCACCAUUUCCUCGAUGCUGCCAAACUCAUGUUCAAGAUCGCGGAGGACGAAGCAGGAAAAAAGACGCGACCACUGCGGGUGAAGAAGCUCUAUGUGCUGGCAGCGCGACUCGUGGAAAGUUACCACGAGCAGGUGAAGACGUCACAGCAGAGCAAAGGGAAGAAGACAGAGGCGAUGUCUGCGCUCGCCGGGCUGCUCGAGGAAGAUGCAACCUCUGAAGACAACCGCAUUGUGGACAACGCGUGGCGUGGAGCCGAGGCGUAUCACUUCUUCCUGCUCGCCCAGAGGCAGCUGUACGACGGUUACAUGGAGAACGCUAUGCGCACAGCUCUUCACCUGCGUGAGUACGAGGACAUCAUCCCGGCGGUGCAGAUCUACUCCCUGCUGGCCGUCUGCGCCACGGCCAACAUGGCCUUCGGUACGUGCUCGCAGGCCUUCAUCAAGCUGGAGUCCCUAGAGAGCCUGGACCUCGAGCAGCGGCAGCUUUAUGAGGACUUGGCCCUGGAGAUCUUCACCAAGCACGCCCCGAAGGACAGCCACGCGAUGGAGCUGGACGGAUCACCGGAGGGGGCAGAAGAGAAAUCUCCCACCUGCAUUGUGACGGGUGUACCGAUCCAGGAGUACCAGCUCUGGAUGUGCAGUGUGUGUAAACACUGCGCCCUCGGCCAGGAGAUCAGCAAAUAUAGCUGCUGCCCACUGUGUCACAGUCCUGUAGCAUGAAGCUCAAUCGCAAAAGAAAACUUCAUCUUCACUUUCAAAAGCAUUGUACUGUACAUUAACCUGCAUAUAUUUAGUCUGUUUGCAGCACAUGAACCAAAAUCCUUUACUUUUGCAAAUAGCUGCAUUUGCUUUCUACUCCUUUAAGUUACUAAACGGAAACUUUCCAUAAUAUGUUCUGUCCACAGUCAAAACAUCAGUAUACUUCAAAUGAUAAGUCUUAAA